AUGGGUGGUGGUCGAGUGUCAUGUUAUACCCUGACCAUGGGGGUUGGGAUGAAUAUGAAGGUGAUUUCCGAGCCCUGUCGCAAUGAAUCAUCGAGUUUGCAGUUGCUAGUUGAUGUGUCUUGUGUAGUGAAAGAAUUGCUUGAAAAUGCUUUGGAUGCCAGUGCAACUGAAAUAGAUGUAUCACUAGUGGACGGUGGAUGUGAAUCAAUUGAGGUGAAGGAUAAUGGCACAGGAAUUAGAGAAGAGGAUUUUGAGCUUUUAGCUAUCAGGAAUACCACUUCAAAAAUAAGCAAAUUUGAAGACUUGACGACACGUCUAAGUACAUUUGGGUUUCGGGGUGAGGCAUUACAUUCAAUCGCUACACUGAGCACUUUAGUGGUCAAAACAAGGAUUAGAGACUCAACUGAAGGGUGGAAUCUGACAUUUGAUCAUCAGGGUAACUUGCUGUCUAAGGUUAAGUGCCUGAUGAGUCUUGGAACAAUAGUUACCAGCAUUAAACUGUUUAGCGUCUUUCCUGUGCGUAGACAACAGCUGAUAAAGGGAUGGGCUAACAAAAUAAAGUUUACAGUGGACAUGGUUCAGCAGUAUGCACUUUUCUACCCAAGCAUAAGAAUUACGCUCACAAAUAAGCCAACAAAUGGCAAAACAACAAUAUUAUUUUCUUCUCCAGGAAAUUAUACUAGUAUAAGAGACAUAACCUCUUUUAUUUAUGGCAAAAAAUUAAUCCAAAAAAUGAAUGAGUGGGGUUAUACUUGCGAUGAAUUUGAAAUCAGUGGUCUUAUCAGUGAUUUAGACUCGGAGUUCAAUCCACCUAUACAAAUUUUAUUUGUUAAUGGCCGGCCAGUGACAUCACAGAAGUCAAUAUGCCAUGCCAUAUUGAAUGCCUAUAGGCAAUAUUCAAACAAGGCCAGACCCUCAUUUAUCCUCAAUUUGACAUUAAACUUGCAAGAAAUUGAUGUAAAUUGUUCACCAGACAAGCGCACAAUCUAUAUUACAAUUGAAGAAUACAUCAUCACCACAAUUAAAAUACAAUUGCACAAGUUUUUUGAGGCACAGGGCAUUAACACCAAAAGUGGCUAUAUCGUUUCCAUGCCUACCCUGGAUAUAUCACAAGCAGGAAGAUCUAAACAUACUUUAAGCGAUAUAACCAACCUUCACAAACUACACAACUCGCCCGAUAAAUCUAGCCUUGCAGCGGAUGAAAGCCAACAGGCUGCUUCUCAUGAGAAUUCAAUAGCAGAUUCUGGUGCCCAUUGUUUUAAACUGAAGCGAUACAAGGUUGAGUGUGAUGAGCCCUUUGUCAUGGAAACCGAGAGUGAAGCCGUUUUUGGAUUUGAGAAUACACACCCAACGAACGGCACUGCAAUUAGAUCCAGUGGAUUUGGCGAUACAAAGAAUUGCAAAGUUAAUGAAGGGGUGGAUUUAUCGCAACAAUGCAACUACAUUGUGGAACGGGUACUAUGCUUUGACCUAAAACAAUACAAACAACAAAGUACAUUGCUCAAACAACAUUUGUCACAAAAAAAAUUGCAAACGACUGAAAACACUACAAAAAACGCCAUAUCGCAUGACCCAAAAAGGAUUGAGAAGCGAACAUUCAAAAUGAUGGAAAUUUGUGGCCAAUUUAACAAGGGAUUCAUCAUAACUAAAUUGGCAAGCUACGAUCGCAAUGAUAAGUUCAAGUAUUCAUUGUUCAUAAUUGACCAACAUGCUGCAGAUGAAAAAGCGCGAUUUGAAACGUUGAAUAAGAGGGUUAAAAUCAACUGCCAGAAACUGAUACAGCCCGUGUUCGUAAAAGUACCCCCAAGCCAUUUAGCCGUUGCCCUUGACAAUGCAAGUGUGCUAGAAUGCAACGGGUUUACAAUGUGCGGCAGUAGUGACCAUGGAUUAUAUAUAGCAACAUUUCCCGUAUUAUUCUCUCAUGUGCUCGGAGAGAACGAUUUUUUGGAAUUUUUGGAAAAAAUAUAUAGUUUCAAUGCCAUAUACGGAAAGGAUUUAAAUGGAACCAGCAGCCAUGUCUGGGACUAUUUCCAAUCCACUCCUAGACCCCCUAAAAUUUGGUCAAUAUUAGCCAACAGGGCCUGCAGAAGUGCAGUGAAGAUUGGGGAUGACUUGAAUAGGGGGAAGAUGGAACAGAUAAAGGACACCUUGGGCGACUUGGACCACCCAUGGAACUGCCCUCAUGGCAGGCCCACCAUCAAAUGUCUGGCCACCGCAGCCGAGCUUACGGCAGCUGCCCAGAACCUGCCUUGCCAAUUCGAUUUCAUUUAA